UUCAAACUAUCUUGCAGUAGACAUACCUGUUAUGCAUGUCAAUCUUAUGUAUAACUUUCGUUUUUUGCAGCCUCUGCGACAUAGAAAGCCAACUUCACUUAAAAGCUCACUUUCAGAUGAUGAGGUUUAUGAAGCAAACCGGUUGAGACGUAAUGAUCCUUCAUUGUGGACAGUUAACACACUUGCUCGUAUGUUUAAUGUUAAACCAGUUAUAAUAUCGCGACUAACACGUAUACCGAAUGAAAGGAAACAAGAGCUAGAUGAUCUUACAAAGAGGCUGUUUUACAUGAAACCAUACAAGCGACACAAAUACAAAUCAGAACUUGAAAAGUCACGGCAGGAACGGUUAAGGCAAGCUCUACAUAUGAGACAGCAGGUUACGAAGAAAAAUGAGCUACCCAUUGAUCAGAACGAGACUUCAGAUUGAUCUGUCAAUAAUACUAUUGAAAUCACAGGCUUGUGUACUGUACAGUGCCAUGUAUGUUGCAAUUGCAUUGUGUUUCUCGUGUGAACGUGUUUUGAGCUUCGCCCUCCCAUAUUCCUUACUGUUGGGAGAGUAAGUAUCGUAGUACACAGAAGUCUGCUAGAGCGUGUCCGCAGUAGUGACUGUAAACAUGUUUAGAACUUAGC